ACCCCACUCCCCUCUAUAUGCCACUUCUCUGAGGUAAAUGCUCUCUGUUGCUCCCCGCCGAAGUCCAUGGCGAUCGAUCACCCUCACCGCCGUACGCGGCUUUCCGCCUUACUCUUAGUCGCGCUGUGGUCGCUGGCGGAGUCCAAGUAUAUCGCCUACAACACCACGCAACGGAUCGUCGCUGACAAGCUCAACGUCCACAUCGUAGCCCACACCCACGACGACGUCGGGUGGCUCAAGACCGUGGAUCAGUACUACGUCGGCUCCAACAACUCUAUUCAGGGAGCAUGCGUCCAGAACGUUCUUGAUUCGAUCAUUCCCGCGCUAUUGGCGGAUAAGAAUCGCAGGUUCAUCUACGUGGAACAAGCGUUCUUCCAGCGAUGGUGGAGGCAGCAGAGCGACGAGAUUAAGAGUACGGUGAAGGAGCUCCUUAGCUCCGGCCAGUUAGAAUUCAUAAAUGGUGGGAUGUGCAUGCAUGAUGAGGCUGCAGUCCAUUACAUUGAUAUGAUUGAUCAGACAACCCUUGGGCACCGAUUUAUCAAGCAGGAAUUUGGUAUAAUACCUAGGAUUGGUUGGCAGAUUGAUCCCUUUGGACAUUCUGCCGUACAAGCUUACUUGCUUUCUGCAGAGGUUGGAUUUGAUGCUCUUUAUUUUUUUCGGAUUGAUUACCAAGAUCUGGCAAAGCGAAAAGACCUGAAGAGUCUUGAGGUUAUAUGGCGGGCUUCUAAGUCCCGUGGCUUGUCUGCGGAUGUUUUCACUGGUAUAUUCCCAAAGAACUAUGAACCUCCCCCAGGUGGCUUUUACUUUGAAGUAAACGAUGAUUCUCCUGUAAUUCAGGAUGACCCUCUUUUGUUUGAUUACAAUGUUCAAGAGCGUGUUGAUGAUUUUGUUGCUGCAGCUCUAUCACAGGCAAACAUUACCAGAGCAAAUCAUAUAAUGUUUACCAUGGGGACAGAUUUCAAGUACCAAUAUGCAAACUCAUGGUUUAGGCAGUUGGAUAAAUUCAUUCAUUAUGUCAACAAGGAUGGGCGGGUUAAUGCCUUGUAUUCUACACCUUCCAUCUAUACUGAUGCAAAAUAUGCGUUGGAGGAGUCUUGGCCUCUGAAGACUGGUGACUUCUUUCCUUAUGCAGAUAAUCCAAACGCAUACUGGACUGGAUACUUCACCAGUAGGCCAGCCAUAAAAGGUUAUGUGAGAAUGAUGAGUGCUUAUUAUCUGGCUGCUAGGCAAUUAGAAUUUUUCACAGAAAGAAAUAGUUCAGGCUACACUACUGACAGUCUAGCUGAUGCUCUAGCUAUUGCUCAACAUCAUGAUGCAGUCACUGGAACAGAGAAGCAGCAUGUAGCAAAUGAUUAUGCAAAGCGACUCUCUAUAGGCUAUUCAGAGGCUGAAAAGCUAGUUGGUGCUUCUCUCGCUUGCUUAACUGAGCCAAUAUCAAGUCCUGGUUGUUACAACACGACAACAAAGUUUGAACAGUGUCCUCUUCUGAAUAUAAGUUAUUGCCCACCAUCUGAAGUAGAUUUGUCUCUUGGAAAAAAAAUGAUUGUUCUUGUCUACAAUUCUCUUGGAUGGAAGCGGAAUGACAUUAUUCGUAUACCUGUGAUUAGCGAAUCUAUUGUUCAUGAUUCUGACGGAAACGAGAUUGAGUCUCAGCUUUUGCCUUUAGCAGAUGCUACAAUCAACUUACGAAGUCACCAUGUCAAGGCAUACUUAGGCAUUUCUCCAAGUAUCACACCCAAAUUUUGGCUUAUUUUUGCAGUAUCAGUACCGCCUCUUGGUUUUAAUACAUACUUUGUUUCAAGUACAAAAGGAAAAGUUGCAGGUUCAGUUGCUUCAGUAUCAACCUUUUACUCAUCAGAAGAAAGUAAGAGCAGCAACAUCGAAGUUGGAAAAGGAAAAUUAAAGCUUCUGUAUAAUGUGAAAGAUGGAACACUCACUCAUUACUUGAAUAGCAGAAGCUUGGUAAAAGCAAGUAUGGAACAGACAUACAGUUACUAUGCUGGUGACAGUGGAAGCGGUAAUGAUCCUCAGGCUUCUGGAGCAUACAUAUUUCGCCCAAAUGGUACAUUUCCCAUAAAGCCUGAGAAGAAGACACCAACCACAAUUGUUCGAGGAUCUAUACUAGAUGAAGUGCAUCAGCAGAUCAAUCCAUGGAUAUAUCAGGUUUCCAGGGUUUACAAGGACAAGGAGCAUGCAGAAGUGGAAUUUACAGUCGGGCCAAUACCAGUUGAUGAUGAAAUUGGGAAGGAAAUAGUGACUAAAAUUACAACAGGCAUGGCGACGAAUAAAACAUUCUACACAGAUUCCAAUGGACGCGAUUUUAUUAAAAGGGUCCGAGAUUACAGAUCAGAUCUGGAGUUACAAGUUAACCAACCUGUUGCCGGAAACUAUUACCCUAUCAAUCUUGGAAUUUACAUGCAAGAUGAUAGCACAGAAUUCUCAGUACUGGUAGAUCGUUCUGUUGGUGGUUCUAGCAUACUGGAUGGGCAAAUUGAGCUUAUGCUUCAUAGGAGAUUGCUCUAUGAUGAUGGUCGAGGUGUUGGGGAGGCACUAAAUGAAACAGUUUGUGUCAAUGGUGAAUGUGCAGGACUAACAGUUCAAGGUAAAUUUUAUGUUAAAAUUGAUCCGCUUGGAGAGGGAUCUAGGUGGCGUCGGACGUUUGGCCAGGAGAUAUAUUCUCCUCUCCUUGUAGCAUUCUCGAUAGAGGAUGGUGGUAAUUGGACAGGAUCCCAUACUGCAAAUUUCUCAGCAAUGGAUCCCUCCUACAGCUUGCCAGAUAAUGUUGCACUGAUCACUCUUCAGGAACUUGAAGAUGGAAAUGUUCUCCUUCGGUUGGCACACCUUUAUGAGGUGGGAGAGCAUAAAGACCUCUCUGCAAUGGCCUAUGUGGAGCUUAAGAAGAUGUUCCCAGUGAGAAAGAUUGGCAACAUAAUAGAAAUGAACUUGUCUGCUAAUCAAGAGAAGACUGCAAUGGAGAAAAAGAGACUGAAAUGGAAGACAGAGGGUUCUUCUGGUGUUGAAACCAUUGCGAGAGGAGCGCCUGUCGACCCUUCCGAGCUGGUUGUGGAGCUUGCACCAAUGGAAGUCCGCACAUUCUUGAUAAAAUUCGAUUAUAUUUCCUUUGCCAAAAUUGGUGAUCGUUGAAAUGUGUAACUCAAACCAUCAUCGACUUUAAUGUAGACCCAUGUUGCUAAUAAUGCCGAGCCUUAGAGCAUAAUCUUAUUUCACUAGCUUUUCACCAAAUGUAACAUGCUCUGGGUUCGUCCUGUCCCAUAUAUGUUCUAGCACUUUUCUAGUCGAAAGUAAUUUGUUCGAUCGGGAUUGUAACUGUGUUUUGAGUUUCUGAAGAUAAAAUAAGGGGUUGUACUUUUCCUGCUAA